GUUGAAAUUUCUUUAUUGUGGAAUCAACAUUACAAGUGCUACACGUUCUACACAUGUGUGUGUAGUUUGUUUUGAACAACAUAACCUCAUUUUUAUAUUGAUAUAGUUUUUUAUCAAAAAACGAACGAUUUUUGAUUUUAAUAUAAAAGAUAUGCUUAUGAAUAUUUAAAAUGUUUUAUGUAAGUGCCCCAUCAGGACACAUAGCCCUUCAUACUUUAGAAGAAUGUAUUUUAACAAGACUGGAAUAUUUAGAACUUCUUUAUUUACGUAGACCGCAUGAACUCAAAGGGAAUUUUGAAUAUUUAUUAGAAUUUUCGAAUUAUGAUUUCGUCGGCCACUUUACUUUACGAUUAUUGGCGGCUACUUCGAGAGAAUUUUGCCAUUAUUGGCUGACGAGAGAGACAUUACUAUUUAAAUAUAGAUUAAAUCAAAUUUCUCCCAGACAAUUUUGUCGAUUGUUUAAUAGUAUAGCACGUCAGGUUAAAAAACGUGAGAAAGUUAAUUCAAUGAUAGACUCAACCUUGACUGAAGUUUGUGAACAUUAUUUGCAGAAUGAUGUCAAACAUUUUGUGUGCCAAAAUUUUUUAACCGAAUGUAAAGAACAUCCCCUAAAAGUAAACUUCGAGAUGCUUCCAAAAAUGGUCGAGUCAAAGGAAGUGGAAUUAACAAAAGGAUCGGCAAUUAUUUAUUGUUCGCAAUGGAAGGAAGUUCUAAUUGAACUAUUUCAAACUUUCCUAGAGUCAGAAACGUCCGAUACGGAUUUUUUUAAGGAACUAGUAGCAAAUGCUUCACAUCUGACUUAUUUGCGUGAAAGACUGAAUUUUCAAUCGUCAAUAAAGGAGGAUGUUAUUUGCGGACAUUUAACAGCUUCAAAUUUACAAGUGGAGUCGUUAAAGUUUCCUCCGUGCAUGAAACAUUUACAUGACGAAUUACGUCGUAAUCAUCGAUUAAGUCAUUAUGCACGUUUUUAUUAUAGUCUUUUUUUAAAAGAAUGUGGCAUGAAAAUUGAAGAAGCUUUAGAAUAUUGGAGAAAUGAAUAUUCGAAGCCACAUUUAAAUGUAUCCGUUUGCUCUCAUCAGUGGCAGAAAGACUCUCGGAAAUAUACUUACAGUAUUAAACACAUGUACGGAUUAGAGGGAUCGAGAAAAAAAUACAAAUCGCCUACUUGUAAUUCUAUUUGUAGUGCGAAUAUUAAUGCAAAUUACGAAGGAGGAUGUCCUUUUAAGGAGUUCGAUAAAAGGAAAUUGGAACAGAUUUUGUGUUCUAUAAUGCCAAAGAGUAAAUUAGAGGAGUUUUUGAAAAUUGCGCCCAGCUUGCAACCCAGAAGUGCAUGUCGAGCCUUUUUAAAAUUAACCUGCAAUAAGGUUAACAAUAAUCUGACUGUCACUAAUCCCUCUGAUUUUUACCUAGCUAAAAAUAACGUCUUAUAAAAUUUGUCAAAAACUUGAGUUUAUCUCAAGCUUUUUUUCGUCACUAUUAUAAUAUAGUAAAUCGAUUAAUUUGGCGUCCUCAUAGGGAACUUUGUUGUAGUAAAGAAAAUUCAAUUGUGAUUUUUACUUUUUGAGUAUUUCGAUUGAUUCUACGAAUAGUAAACUAUAAUUCAUUAAAAUUCAUUAACUUUCGUUAA